GGCACGAAAACAACCGUAUGUUCAGGACUGGGGGUGGGUAGCGGCUGAAAUGAAUUCGUUCACCCUUAACGGCAAAAUAAAAGAUUGAUGCCUGGGUUAUAUCCCGACAUGUCUGUUGGUGGGACCCCUUUAUCCGGAUCGCUCUCUCAGUCAUCCGCUGCCCAGAAGAGAUCGCUGGCUGCCCUUCUGGAGUCCCACGUGUCAAAGAAACGGCCAAAGUAUGAAAGCGAGGAGGAGCUGCAGGAGGCGGCCGUCCAGCUGUUAACCCGUCACCAAAAUCUCAAAGACCUGCUUCUUGAGGUAAGCCCCAGACCCUGUGAGAAGAUCAUGGGCAGAGAGAAACAGGAAAAUGGUGAUCUUGAGCAGUCCACUCUGCUCAGAGCUGGAGGUUCAGUACUGGUGUGUGUUCUGCAGGGGCAGGCUGCGCGGCUCGGGGUGCCCCUGGGCCUGCUAUCAGCCAGGACGGUGGCCGAGAGGCUCGGGGAGCUGCCUGGGCAGGCUGCGGGCAGCGCCAAGAGGGUCCUGCUGGACACCGCGAAGAGGGAGGAGAUGGGCCACCUCCUGCAGUCUGUGAAGGAGCUUCUCUGUCUCGGUGCCUUCAGCUGCCAGCUCUUCUGUCAGGAGCUCUGGAAGGCAGAGAAACCACCCAUCCUUGAAGUUGUCUGGCACCUACACAAGGGAAAUGUCAUAACUCUGGAGGAGAUUGUAGAGAGCCAUCCGAGUAUUGAAGUGGCCGUGGAGUGGCUGUUUGCUGACCUGUGUGCUCUGUGUGGCCAGCCAGGGGAGACUGAGGUCAGACAGCAGAUAUUCUCUGACGUGUUGACGGUGUUGGUGAGAAACAGUUUCCCUGAAAGCCAAAAUCUGCAGUCCCAUGGCAAGACACAUCAGGUGUGUUUUGCGGUCACCAAUGACAUGCUGUCAUGGGUUCUUGAUGCUGCAUCUCAUGACAAGCAAGAGCAACAAUCUCCUAGGAAGAAGGCAGCAAAGUUUUGUGAGGAGGAGCUGGUGCAUCACUUGCGGCAGGUCCUGGAGACGCACGAAGUGAACUGGCAGCACGUGCUCUCCAGUGUCUCCACGCUGCUGGUGUGUCACACACAGGCCCAGCACAGACUCAAGGGUGUCUAA